AUGAAUUGUUUUAGGUUAACUGUCUUGCUUUUGCACUUUUACCUCUGCCGUUUGAGUUUCGCUUUGUUUUCGCUGAACGACACGGAUAUUUUCAGCAUUAUUGUGAGGCCUUAUGGAAUCAUUUUGAAAGAUGAUAUCUUGAAGCAGUGCCCAGCCUUCAGCAAGACAUUUAAAGACUGCGGUUUAAUUUCUGCCAACGAAACGACCUCUAAACCUGAACCCGCCCCCUCAAAACUUUGCCCAGGCGGCAGCUAUAGCUGCUUUUAUAAUGCUGUGAAAUCAAACCCAAACUUCAAAGGAUGGCUUGAGGAGGUACAGAGCAAAAAAAUUAUAAAAAAAUUGUGUGCGCAAAAAUGCUUACAGACAUUGGAGACACUCGCAAAAGGAUGUAUUCAGCAAAGGCAAUCAAAUUUAAAGGUAAUUAUACCAAUUUUAUUUAUUUGAUGUUUACCAAUUUAAGUAUUAUUUAACAAGGUCUGGAAAGUGGGGCCUUCGACCCCGCAUUCCCACUCCUUUCUCUGGAGAAACCCACACUCCGAACUUUUGUCAUCACUAUCCCAAAAAUCGUUGUCUUUCCUAAUCCACAUUUCCUGCCCAAAUUUUGCCGAAUCCCUCUUCCCCAAGUAGCAGUCAAAUCCUUUAUCCUGUUGGGGCGAUCUGCACCUAUUUGAAAGAUUGUUUGUGACUGGCUGGGAAAACAAUAAGGAUUGUGACAUAACAAUGCCCCUAUCCCUGAAAAGAAUUGAAGUGCAGAUUAAAGGGGACCAAUGAAAUAAGAGGUUUAGGCCUGGUUCAGACGCCGUAUUUUUCAUGUGCCGAACCUAACUGAAUAAGUUCGACUUUGGAGCGACACUGGCGCGACAUCUGAUUCAGACAGUGUACCGUGUGUCAAAUCUAAGGUAAGUUCGACGACAAAAGUUCGACAGACUCUGUCGAACUAACGCUUUUGCCGCACCAAACUGAAACUGCCGCACCAAAUUGAUUCAGACGCCGCUCUUUUGCCGUACUUAAUUCAUCAGUUAGGUUCAGCACAUGAGUGGAACGGCAUCUGAACCGGGCCUUAGAACGAUGUAGGUAAACUGAUCCUGUCAACGUUUUCCCAAAUCCAGCCCUGUAGUAUGCCCUGAUCCCAGAUCAUGGCAAUACCCUUUCAGACCCUGUUUAAUUUCAUCGCAAUGGUACUUACGCAUGUAGAGAAUGUGUGAGCUCCUGAGCAUCCACACCAGAUUUGCCCUGGUAGGUGGAUGGGUGGGUGGGUGGAGGGUAAGAGACUCCAAUACAAAAAACACAGGGAUGCUCAUGACAGGUGUAAAUUGCAGAUUUUAGUAUCAUUCACUCUCCUCUAAAUCUCAGUUUGACCAACACAAAACAUACACAACCCAAGGGUGCAGCUCACUUCAAGGAAUCUGAACGUUGCGACAGUAAGACCAAGAUGAAAGACCAUACCUGCACACCCAAAUAUAUACCAAUGCUAACUAUCCACAUACCAGGGCACAUGCCUAAACAAACACAAGAUACCAAUGAGAGCAUAUUUUCCUGCUAAUUGCAAAGUCAAAUGCAGAAAAAUAGAGAUACUGAAGAUAGAAAGCCUACAUUUUUACCCAUACCAGUAUCGCUUAGAGUUGUACAUAAAGGUCAUUGUUCUUAUAAAACAAACCAAAUAUCUUUGUACUCUGCUGCAUACGGCAGUCAAUGUCAAGGUCUUAUCAACUUGUUAAAGCUCUUUUCUGGUAAUCUGUUUUAGUACAGUCUCCUUAUAAGAAGUCAAAUAAUUAAACCCUUUAAAAGUAAUGCCCAGAUCAGUCUUCCUGUAGUGGAGAGGCAUCCGUGUCAUGUUCAUGUGGGAGUGGCCUUCCCCCUUUCCAGCCUUCGACUAAUUUGCCGACGUGAUGAUGAGUCUUGUAACUUAAAUCCUAAUCCUAAUCCUAACAUCAUCAGUCUUACCAGCUGCCUUCACCUGCAAAUUGAAUCUGUUCCAUGUAUUGCCAGAGCUGUUGUAGUUCAGCUGAAUUUUGCUACCCUAUACUAGACUAAACUCCCCAAAUCCCCCCCUAUCCUAGAGUAGCUUUUAGGCUGAGUUGCUUACUGGUAGGUAAUUGAAACUUGCCGAUUUGAUUUUUUGAUAUUUUUGAGUGGCAAUUCCCAGUUUCCCUAGUCUAGACUAAAAUCUACAACCAAUUGAUCAAUUUUCUUGGAAAAUGAUACCCUAUUCUAAACCCAAACUCUCUGAUUUAUAUACCCUAUCCCAGAGUAAAUUGCUUUGGAAACCAUUCCCUUCACAGUGGAACAUUCCUAUGUAGCCCAUAUAUGGAAGUACCCCCCCCCCCCGGUCAUUGGGCCACCAAAUUUCUAUUUGUACUUGUCCAACAUGUUAGUUAGUUGUUAUUAGCUCUGUGCUGAACUUAAUUUUGGCCUUAUGUUCUCCCAAAACAAAGUGAAAAAUACUGAAGAAAAAAAUUAUAAAUAUUGGUACCUUCUUUUUAUAUAACAGGAAAAAGAGAGAACUUACAUUCAGUUUGUGUUGGAAGUUCUCAAAUCAAUGUGCAUUAAGAAAGACAACUCAAUGUCCUGUGGAGACAAGUUUAUCUCUGGAUUACUUGAGAAAAAUUCAUCAAAUUAUGAGGUACAGUUUAUCACAGUUUCAAUAAGAAAUAAUAGCAAAUUAAAGGGGCCCUGUUAAGGUAAAAUUCUGACAAAUGAUGUGGCCUUGAAACAGUGACAUAAGACUAGAUGAACUGUUGACCAACGACAUGAAGACGGGUUCAAGCUGUGACAAUGACAAAGAACAGUAAUUGCAAAUGCAAUAGAGAGGAGAAGUGUGAUGCCAGAUUUACCGUGGUAGCAAAAUUUCUGGAUCACAACUUGCAGUAGGUAGCUUAAGCAAUGACACUGGUGAUGGUAAAGAAAACUGGAAAAAAAGCAGUAGGCUUAUACCAGCAAAACAACAACUCUGCAUGUGCUUCACUUUUUUUGUACGUUUCUUAGCCAUCGUUGCAGGGCUGCGAUGUGAAACUUCGUAAUUUCAUGCACCCGCUUUAUGAAGUAGGUGAGCACAACACAAAAUUUUUCUUUUCUUUUUCUAGACUUUAGUAGAAACGGUCCUUUUGGAUUUAACCCCAGAAAAUUUUGCCAUCAUUUGACAAAUUUUAAUUUGUCAAAAAUGAAAUUGAAUAAGAUCGUCGAAGUUUGAAACAGUGCGAAUUCACUUUUUAAGUGAUGUUUUUGGUUUGUUGUCAUCCAGAAAUUUUGCUACCAUAGCAACGUGAUGUAACUAUAGUAAAAUACCAACAGCAAUAUGGCCGCCUCCUCAAUACACAAAAAAAGGGUUUAAAGGUUUGUUUAUAGCGGAAAGUGCACUUAGCUUAUCCAGCUAGUUUACAGGCACUCCACUCAAAUACUUAGAAACAAAUAGUUCAAAUAAAACAUAGCAAGAUGAAAAACCCCAACUGGAAGGAGGCAACCAGUGUGCUAUUUACAAGUGUACAUGUAGCUGAGGAUUUGAACCCGGGACGACUUUGAACAAAUCCAGUGAGUGGCCAGAGCAGGAAGUGGGGCUAGGACCACCAGACUGCAAGUCCAAUGCUCCCGCCGACCACUUGGCAGGGCUGCCUUCUUUAGAAAGGAUCAGUUUUUUGAAAUUCAGACUAGGGACAUAUGUAACCCCCCUUAGAGGCCUCAGUAAAAGCUACUUAAAUGUGGGUUGCAAUACCUGUAGGUUUGAAUAAAAAGGUGUAGUAAUAUAUGUAUGUUGGGAAUCAGUUCUAAAAUCUACCCUUAUCCUUUUUAAUUAGCUGAGUUUUUCUUGGUUUCUUGUUGAAAAAAGUUCUUUUCAGAUUUAAGAGUUUAAUUUGAACCUGUUUUUGGAAAAUUUAUUUUAACUUAGAUAAUUUUUUCCAUAUAUUUUUUUCUAAAACAACUUGUUUAUUAUUGAAUAAUUAGCCUUUAACUUUAAUAGGAAUGCAAAGAGAUUUCAGUGGGACACAACUGCUCAACUGCCUGUCAGAAGGUAGGUUUUAUGCAAUUGUAAAAAACUGUGCAUAGAAAAAUGGAAGGAGAUGAAUGCCAAAUAUCAUCCUGACAUAGAGUUGAGAAGUGAUAAUGUCACAAAAAGUAGAAAUUAUUGGAUUGGGUGAAAAUACCAAGACAAAAACUGUUUAUUUGCUCAAUUUCAGCUGGUUUAAGAGCAAAUUAGCAGUGAGAUAUAACUAAUAAAUUAUUAUAUGCACUGAUGACUCCGUUCAAAUCAUUUGGAAGGAUUUAUAUUGGGUUUCUUUACUUCUAAACUUUAGGACUUGCAGUGGUUUUAUGACAAGCUUGGAUGCUGUGUUGGUUCAGUCUCUGGCAUCAUGGAUUGUUUCAGGUCAGUAACCCUUGUGUUUUAUUAACAAAGAAAGAUUGUCAUACAGUCAAAUCUCAGCUGGAUAAUGCUCAAUCCAACGGUAAACAGAAGCAGUACAUUGAAUAACGGAUACCAAGUUGUGUUGCAGUCCCAGGAAUUCCACCUAAAACCCUUCAUUUUUAGCCCAUUCGCCCCUGAACCGCCCGUAACCAGGCACCUCUGCAGAUCCACAUCCCUUGUUUUGCUAAUUGUGAUGUCAUCAGUUUUAACGGGCGAAGACAGCUUUACAUCUUAUUCUAACUUGUGAAGGAGGAGAGAUGAUGAGAGAUGAUGAUUAGUAUGUUUCAGUCAAGGAGGCCAUAGAAAAGGGAAAAAAACUAUGACACAGUGAAUGGAAAAAUCUAAUCCUAAGAUCCUUUUAAAAGCUUUCCCAAAAACUUCUUCCUCUGAAAUGAAGCCUAGUAAGUGACCAGCAAAAGGAAAAAAAAGGGGGGAGGGGGUGGAUGCAAGAAAAGGCAAAAUAGAUGGGAGGAGAGAAUGAAAUGCUUUCUGAGAAUGCCUGAAAUCCGGAACUCAAUAUUUUACUGAAAUAUUUUUGCAUCUGGAACGGAAGGCCACAAACGGCUUGUCUUAUAAACAGCGUUUUGGGUAGUUUUGGCUGAAUAUAGCCAGACAGUGUCCAGAAAGCAGCUCGACUAUCUUCAAAAUGCGAUUUUUGCAAUAUUCCCAGGAGGGAAUGGGUUAACCUCCCAAAGUGGAUACCAACGACUUUUUCGGGUCUGAAAAAAGAUCAGAUCACGUUAUUCAUUGUGCUUUGAAUAUGUUAGCUUCGAUAGCUAUUACCCCAAUACGUUCUUGUCCUGCGGGGGGGGGGUGAAUUCUUGGUGGGAGUGUGCUGCCCAGUUCUCCAAAUCCUGAACUUAUUUCAAACCAAAAAGUGUCAUUUUCCUCACCCAUCUUCAGACCUGUCCACUAAGAAAUAAAUUAUGUCAUUAUUAUUUGGGUCAAAAUGCCAACAAAAAGAUUUCUUAAAAUCCAUCUGAAAUUCUCAAAUUGCUAUUUUAUUCUUAUUAAUUUGGAAUUGAAAUGAGAGAUAUGUUCAUACAUUCCCAUAGUUCCCUCGAAAACCAUACCCGGUUUCAUACAAAAAUAAUAUAUUUGUAAGGCCUAUACCCAUAUGCAGACCGAAACGGCGCAAAGCCAUAUUCUUAGGGAUGGCAAAUUUUCUUGUGGCCUGCUUGUGGCUUAUGUUAGGGAGUUACCCCACCCUGCCCUCCUGGGGUUCUUGUACUGACACCUUGGCAUACUCUUCGUUGCAGCAUCGAUCCACCAAGUGGCAGUUAUGCUGUUUAUGUGCAAGAAAGUAACUCGACAUGUCAAGUGAAAAGACCUGCAGCCUGUUCACAGAGUAACAAGGUGAGGCUAAUAACGGGCAGUCCCUUUCUCCUUUUUCUCUGUCCGUUGAGCGAAACGCGGAAGACACGAAAAUGACCACGUGCGUGACCUAAGGCGCAAAGUGGGUGUUGUUGUUUAUCCCACAAUACAGGGACUCAUACCCAGUUCUCCUCGGUUUGAAAGCAGGCAACAGCCAAUAAAAGAAGCUCUAGUGCACCCAAAACAGUCCCAUAAUGCAAUUCGACACCACUCAAACCCAGUUCUCUCGCACGCACUCAAAAUGGCCACUAGGAAAUACAAAUAGGCUGGGGUGUGUGCUGUUUUUAUGUUCUUGACUACUGAACAGUUAUAUACUAAUUCCUUUUUCGCUGCCCUGCUCAAACGAGUAUUAAAAAUUUAUCAUGUAAUAAGCAACCACCUUUGGGGUGUGUCAAAACGAGCAGUGUACGACCCUCUUUAGUAUGUCUUAAUGUCUUUACAAGCAAAAUCCAUGAUAAUAAGUUAACAAACACGCAGAAAGUAUGAAAUGUAAAAAUAUUACAAGAAAACAACUAGUAAUAUUAGAGACAACAAGCCAAUCUGAACCAUGCUCAUAUAACAAGGAUGCAAUAAAGGCGCCAAAUCUUACACAUGGUGGCUUGGCUUAUAAAUACGUUUGUGAAAAAACUAAUAGCCCAAAGUCUCAUUGGGUAUUUAAUUUCGAGAGCGUAGGGACGGUCGAACGACGCGAAUAAACUUUAAUGAAAUCUCCGCAAUAUUAUAUAUGUAUACACCAACCCUCCGCUAGUAUUCAAUUAUUGUUACAACAUACUAUGCAAGACCUUCCGCAAAAGGUUACGUAACCCAUGAUAUAAAAUACAUUUCCAGUGUCCAUCGUCUUGGCAAACAGCUGCACCUCCAACAUCUCUUGCAAGUUCAUCAACGUCUUCUAAAGGGAGUCUGAUAGUGGGAAUCUGUAUAGCGAUGGUUAUCUGCAUCGGGGCAGCCCUCAUUGUGGCGAACUAUUGUUACCGUCGAAUGAGAAAGAGGGCGAAGAUUCGAUUUGAAGACUAUGGCUACUCCAGACUAAAAAUGCUCGAGGACGACUUGUAUUUCGACUUGGAGAUCGAAGACGAUGAGAGCAAGGGAUUAGUAGAUCUAUAGUAAAGCUCACGGACUGCCUUAUUAUAGGAAAUUAAUGUUUCAUGAGUCGCGUUAUUUUCAGUAAACGUUAAGGUUACCGGUCAUUUCGCCCAGGCAGAAGCAUAUAUGCUUCUGGCCCAGGUUACUUAGCCCCCUAUUUAAGACAGGAAUAUUAUAUUUGAAGUGUCCUUGUUUGGUUUAUGUCUUAAAGAACGAGGAAUAUUACAUUUGAAGCGCGUUUGUUUUGCUUUCUGGCUUAUAGAAUGAGGAAUAUUACAUUUUCAAGCGCGCUAAUUGACUCGAAAAGAGGGGCCUAAUUAACCGUGGCGAAAUGACCGGUUACCAACGUCAAUUUCCAUUAUUUUCGCCCCAAAUUCUCGAUACGCUUCUGACAUUCUUGACACCUAAGAAAGAGGAGUAUUUUAUCAGGGUGGAGAUCCGCUAGUAUCAGUGAAACUGUGAAGAAUCUUCGAAUUGGCAAGAUCUCUUUGCUUGACGCUCUUCGUACGUUUAGGGAAAGUACCACGAACAAAGUUUCCCUUUCGGAUUAUCGUUUAACUUUGCUCCUGUUGUGUAGGUUAAUUACCUUCAUUUUGAAAUGUUACUCUCUCUUCCGCGUUAAUUUCAUUUAUUCGAUAGUCGUUUUCCAUGAAAUUCGCGUUAAUUUAAGCCGCGUUUAUUUCCAAUACUUUAAAUUCAUGGAGCAUUAAUUUUCUAUAAUAAGGGUAGUGCCAAAUUGUUUAGCUGCAGUUUGCGGAUGCUCUUUUUGAGUAAAACGAAGAAAGAACAAACCUUUAUAACAAACUGCGGAGAGCACAAAGAUUACCGGACUACUUUCGACCAUUCAAACGCUAAUCCAAAAGAAAAAAGAAAAGACAAGAACAAAGUGAAGUAAAAUACAUACAUACUUUUCUACCUUUCUACAUGGCUGUAAAUUGCACUGUUGGAAUUAAAAUUUCAGAAAUUUUUAGCCGGCGUAUUUCCCAACCCAAAAUGAUUUUUUUCUGCCCUCGCCUCUAAGCGGUUAUUUUAUCUGUUGUUUUGAAUACUUAGCGUAGAAAUGUUUUCGUCGUGAGCAAUAUUUGCUUGCCAUUAAGACGUCUCACAGUGUCCAGUUCUUAUAGAGAUAUAAUCAUAGAUUUUGUACUUUUUUUAACCGCCAUAUAUAAAUUUUUUAUAUAAAAAGUUCACACUGCCAUACAGAUGCCAGGAUGAAGUAUUGUUAUAUUAUAAUAUAGAUCAACGAAGAGUUGUAAAACGCUCAGUCUUGAAAAUACACUUCUAUCAGAAGUAAGUAAAGGAAUAAAUUGUUUAAAAAAAUUACCCUUAGGGUGUGCUGCGAU